AUGGCCGAGUCUACCGCGACCACCACUUCCACGACGUCUGCAGAGCUUCCAUGGCACGCGGCUUAUCCCGCUCCGCAGUCUGCCGUGCGGUCCUUACCCCGCAAUGAGCUUCUGCAGUGGUUCCAGACUGGGAAACAACCCGGCCAGGAUUUCGUCCUGGUCGAUGUGCGACGCACGGAUUUCGAGGGAGGCACCAUUCAGGGAUCAAUCAACCUCCCCGCCCAGAGUCUCUACCCGACAUUACCGGCAGUAUAUUCGCUACUAUCCCAGACCGGGGUGAAACACGUGAUCUGGUACUGUGGCUCCUCAAAUGGACGGGGUCCACGUACGGCCAAUUGGUUUGCGGAUUACUUGGCACUCAAACAAGAUACCUCUAUGGAGAGCUUGAUCCUGGAAGGCGGUAUCAAAGGCUGGGCGGCCGCCGGGCCCGAGUAUACGGCGUUGAUGGUCGGUUAUGAUUCGAGUGCGUGGACCAAAAAGUGA